AAUUAUAUUUUAAGGUUAUGUAUUUUUGACAUAACCUUAAAAAUUAGAGAAUACAUAACCUCAAUUAAAAUGAGGCGAUUUAUUGAUAUAGGAGCAAAUUUAACCGAUUUAAUGUAUAUGGGUAUUUAUAAUGGUUCAAAAAAACAUGAUCCUGAUUUAAAUAAUGUGCUAAAACGUAGCUGGAACGCUGGUUUAGAAAAAAUAAUUAUAACAGGGGGUAAUUUGGAAGAAAGUGUGAAAGCCCUUGAAUUAACAAAACUUGAUGAAAGGAUGUAUGCAACUGUUGGUUGUCACCCCACAAGAUGUACAGAGUUUGAAGACAAAUCUACUCCUGAGGUUUAUUUAAAUGAAUUAAAAAAUGUUAUUGAAAUUGGUGGUGAAAAAAUCGUUGCAAUUGGCGAAUGUGGCUUAGAUUACGAUCGUCUGCAAUUUUGUUCAAAAGAUAUCCAAAAAAAAUAUUUCAAAUUACAAUUAAAACUGUUAGAUCAUUAUAAAUUACCAUUAUUUUUACACUGUCGUAAUGCAGCCAAUGAUUUAUAUGAAAUCCUAUCAGAAUUCAAUUUUAAAGGAGUUGUUCAUUCAUUUGAUGGAACAAUUGAAGAAGCUACCAAAUUUAUUGAGCUAGGCUAUUAUAUUGGUUUAAAUGGAUGUUCAUUAAAAACUGUGGAAAAUUUGGAAACUCUAAAACAACUUCCCAAUGAUAAGAUUUUAAUGGAAACUGAUUGUCCUUGGUGUGAAAUUCGACCAAGUCAUGCUGGACAUAAAUAUAUACAAAAAGAAAAUGUUGUUGAAAGUGUAAAAAAGGAGAAAUGGAAUCCUGAAAAAAUGGUUAAAAGUAGAAAUGAACCUUGUAAUAUACGCCAAGUUCUUGAUAUUAUUUCUGGCGUUAAAAAUGAAAAUCCAGAUAAAUUAUGUGAUGAAUUUUAUUUAAAUACAAUGAAAUUAUUUUUUAAUAAUUAUUCAAUAUUAGACAGAAAAUUAAACUGGAACUCCCACAUAGACAAGGUGCCACAGGCUCCUUGA